AUGUAAAAAAAUAUUAGAAAUUAUCAUUAUAAUGGGAAUAUAAUGACAUACAAAUUUCCUCAAUCUAAAAUAAAAGUUUCGAAUUACACAUCAAACAAAAUGAGGACAUAACCAGAAAAAUACUAGAAUAAUUUCCACCCAUAUACCUCAAUAAGUGAAGUAAAUCAUUAUGAAAAAAUAAAACAAAUCACCUUGAGUUUAGAAAGGAAAAAUUAAAAUUUUGUUUGUAAACCGCCUAUUAUAUACAGCUGUGAGAUUCCAAAUAACUAUUUUAUCUGGAAUCAAAAAAAAAGUCUGCCCAUAAGACAUCUUCUUCCCUAUAAACUAAAACAUUAAGAGAAAAUAUCAUUUUUGAAUGACCUUUCAAAAGAUUUCUAAACCAAAAGGCAUUCAGAGAGAUAUAGUAAUUCAUGUCGAAGCAAAGGCACGACAUAAUUAAAAUAACAACCAUAAUCAAAAACAUCCUCAAAAGAUCUAGCAUUUGAGCCUAAGGGGUGGACUAAUAAAAGCUCUCAGAGUCUCUUAUGA